GGCUAGCCUCGACUCAUCCUCACCCGCACCCGGACUUCCAUCCAGGCAAGCACUCCGACGAGGCUAGAAUCAAAGUUCUCGAACUAUAGAACUGGCGAUCUGGGCAGAAAGAAACCCAGAGGCUGUGUCUGCUGCAGGCACAAUCCCUCGGGGGCCGGUGUGUACCAGUGGUGUGUGAUUCAAGCCAGGAGAGUGAGGUGAAAAGCCUGUUUGAGCAAGUAGAUCGGGAACAGCAGGGGCGGCUAGAUGUUCUGGUCAAUAAUGCCUAUGCUGGUGUACAGGUAACCUUUUAACUCGAUCCAACUCUCCAUUCCAAACCCAACCCCCAACCCUUGAGUCUUUAUCUCCAUGCAUGGUCCCACUAACCAGCCCUUUAUACCUUCAUGCCAAUCAAUCACCCAGUUAAUCACUCUCAUGUCCUCUAGGCAAUCCUGAACACCACCACCAAGUCAUUCUGGGAAGCACCUGCCUCCCUUUGGGAUGAUAUAAACAAUGUUGGACUCAGGUGCGUGCUUCACUGUCAGAGCCUAGGCGCCUCCUGUUUAGUAGCCCCACAGCCUGGGCCUCUUCCUAAAAGACUCUUUCCCUUCUGGCUUCUGUUUGUCACACUUACUUCUGGACAAGUUCCAUGCCUGUGGGUUUGCACCUAAGAAUAUCACCUUUUUUUUCUUGUGCGUGCAUGGUUGUAUGUUUUUCUGUGCCCACCAUGGUGCAUGCAAAGAUCUGAGGACAACUCCAGAGAGUCCGUUCUCUUUCUCUGCGUCUUUCUGUGAGUUCAGGGCUUGAACUCAGCCUUCCAGGUUGCACAGGACACAGCUUUUACCUACUGAGCCAUCUCAGGCAACCUGGAAAUGACAAUUUUUGCUUUGUCUCAAUUUGCCUUUUUGGUUUGGUUUGGUUUGGUUUUUGAGACAGGGUUUCUCUGUGUAGCCUUCUUGAUCCUGGAACUCUCUGUAGACCAGGCUGACCUCAAACUCAGAGAUCUGCCUGCCUCUGCCUCCCAAGUGCUAGGAUUAAAGGUAGGCACUACCUCCUAACUCAGCUUUUUCUAACAAGAUGUCAGCCUUGUUCUGGCCUCAUUCUUUGCCCAUCUAAGUACAAGUCCCAGAAGGAAGGAUUCUCUCAGUGUUGCACAUAACCCAUGGGCUAUGUUUUUUUAAAAAAAAAAAAAAAUGGUUAGACGGAGAGCUCAAAUGAUUAAGGAUGGGCUAAUUAACGUAGCAUGCAUAUGCUCACGUCAGUUCUGAUCCCUCCACACGUGUGUUGUUAUAAUUGGUUCUCAUUCAUUCUCAGCCCCACUGACCUCUGCAUCUCUUCACUAGUUCUCUCUCUUCCUGUUACUUGUUUCCUGUUACCCUCUCUAUUUCCCUCCUUCCCUAGAGCGCUUCCUGCCCUAUAUAUGUGUGUGAACAUGUGUAGUUUGAAACCUAGGAUCCACAUAUGAGAGAUUAAUUUGCCUUUCUGAGUCCAGCUUACUUUGUUUAAUGGUUUCCAGUGCCAGAUGUGGAUGUGCACAACUUUAAUCUCAGGAGGCAGAGGCAGGGCAGAUCUCUGCGAGUUUGAGCUCAGCCUGGUCCACUAGUAUCAGGGCUAUGUAGAGAGACUCUGGUUUCAAAAAUAGUAACUACAAUAAUAAUUGUUUUUCAGUCAUAUUCACUCUCUGCAAAUGACAUGCUUUCGUUUUCUUUUUUCCCCAUUAAUUUAUUUAUUCACGUUACAUUCCCUCACUCCUGUUUCAUCUUUCUUUACAGCUAUAUAAGAUUCAGUUUUGUAUCUCCUCCCCUCCAUUUAUCCACCCGUUAGUGGACGGACGUCUAGGUUGGUUCCAUUUCUAGACUGUUGUGAAUAGGUCAGCCAUAGGAAUGCAAAUGUCUGUGUGGUUUGUUGACUUAGAGCCUGCCCGAGUACAGGGUACUGGGUGACAUUGAGGAAACCCCCUUACUGACAUCCAUCGUGGAGGCACGAACUUGCAUUCUCACCAGCAGUGAACAGGACUCCUCUUUCCCCUCAUCAUCACCAGCACUUGUGGAUUGCUUUCUUGAUGAAAGCCGCUCUGACCAGGAGGAGGUCUGAAAGCAGUUUUAAUUCACAUCUCCCGUGGCUGUGGUUGUUGAGCAUUUCCUGGGUAUUUAUUUGGCUAUUUGCAUCCCGUCUUUCGAGAACUUUCUAUUCUGCUCGUUUUGUUACACCGUCUCAUCCAGCCCAGGCUGAUUGCAAGCUUACUGUGUAGCCAAGGAUGUCCCUGAAUUCCUGAUUCUCCUGCCUCCACCUCCAUAGUGCUAAGAUUAUAGGUUUGUCCCAAGAACCCAGCUGACCAGAUACAUGGCUUACACCCCUGACCUGUCUUAUGUUUACGGUGCAAGAGCUCCUUCAUUAUAUGUCACGCAUACUCUGUCUCAGUACCCUUAAUCGUAUCAGUUUUUCCCUUGGAAUGGCCUGUGCCCGAUUCCCCAGGCCUUUGGCUAUUGCUGUGAAGCCUCUAUGCUGACCACAGAUACUGAGGGCUUAGGAAGCAAUGGAACCAGCAUUCACAGAACUCUUUCCUUCUUCUUCUUCCCCGAUCCCUUCUAGAGGCCACUACUUAUGCUCUGUGUAUGGGGCACGGCUGAUGGUACCAGCUGGCAAAGGACUUAUCGUGGUUGUCUCUUCCCCCGGGGGGCUGCAGCAUAUGUUCAAUGUCCCUUAUGGUGUGGGCAAAGCUGCGUGCGACAAACUGGCUGCUGACUGUGCCCAUGAGCUACGGCGUCAUGGAGUCAGCUACGUAUCUCUGUGGCCAGGCCUGGUGCAAACAGAAAUGGUGAAGGAGUAUGUAGCAAAAGAGGAGCAGCCUGAAGAUCCUCUGUUUAAGAAGAUGAAAUCAGUUCUCUCAUCGGCCGAAACUACAGAGAUGAGUGGCAAGUGUGUGGUGGCCUUGGCAACAGACCCCAAUAUCCUGAGCCUGAGUGGGAAGGUGCUGCCGUCCUGUGACCUUGCUCGGCGUUACGGCCUUAAGGAUGUCGAUGGACGCCCUGUCCAAGACUACUUUUCUUUGGGCUAUGCCCUCUCACAAGUCUCCAGCUUGAGAUGGCUGGCCUCCUACUUGCCCGGCUUCCUCCGUGUACCUAAGUGGAUCGUCACCCUCUACACCAGCAAAUUCUAACCUCCUGACCUGAUAUCCCAGCCCUUCCAGAACCUCAUCUCACUGAGGCUCAGGUGGGUGGGGCUCUUGGGAAACAAACCACUUUCCCACAUCCCAUGUCCUCACCAUGAAGAGAAGGUGGCUGCUGGGCAUCUAGUGCAUCUUGGGGGUUCUGGUAGGUUCUUGGUGCCUUGGUGUUCCCUGUCCCUACAUCUUAAUAGCUUGCUUGAGUCAUAAGUGGUUAUAAGUAGAAGUUAAUAAAAGUCUCAUCUCCCCUUCAA